CCACUCGACUCUUGAGUGCGCCCGCCGCCCACAAUGUCAAAGUCGCCAAAGGACUCCACGCGCUUCACGCCCACGGGCGUAUGGGCGCACACACGGCCCGGCGGGCGGGCAACGACGCUCCAAUUCGCUGAUCCCGCGCCGAAAAAUGAAACGCCACAGCAAAAAGUCAAGCGGUUACGGGAGGCGGCGAACCGAGCAAAGAUGGCACAGGUCACAAGAUGGGACUACAUGUAUCUAUACGGCCGAAUGGCGGCGGAUGCGGCGCACAGGUUUACCGUUUACGGAUUGAUCUUUGCGACUGGCUACAAAGGAUGCGUCGGUGUUCUAGCCGUCUUUUCGGUGGGCGACAUGAUUGUCUACAACCGGCGGAAACGAGCAAUCUACUUUGCCGAAGAAGAACGCACACAGGCCAGGAUCCUCGAGGCGGCCCGCUCCGCCGUUGCAUCUGGGACUGCGACACCAGCACAGGCUGCUCUGGUCACAGGCAUUGCCGAAGAGCAAGAGGCACUGGAGAAGAAGAAGGCAGAGCGCAAAGCACCCUCAAAGCUGCUGUGGUGGCUGCACGGUGACUGGAAAGAGGACCAAUCCAUUGCAGAGCAGCGAAGGCUGGCUAUGGAAGAAAUCAAGCGGCAAGAGGCCCAGGGAAAUACAAGUCUGGGCAUUUCGGCCGCAGUGCAAGAGGCCAGGGCAAACGACACAUCAUACACAGCACCGGCAGCACCAACACCGGUCGCAGGCGGUUCAUUGGACAGCGCUGCUGAGAAGGCAGUCCACAAGGCAGAGACGGCCGGCAAGGGCUGGUUUGGAUGGCGUUGCUGCAUGUCUGAAGCCAUCUUUGGUCUUGGUGGGUAUCUAUGCCGCAUAACGGAUCCAUGUUUCAAUAUCCAACGCAUGUUGCCUCCUACUGAUCGCCCUGUCCUGCCACGGCAUACGUAUCAGACGAAGACGUGCCUCUCUCCACCCCUCGAUCCACGGCCGCAGCCCAGCCCAGCCCAGCAGCCCCACCGUCGCCCCGAUGAAGAUGAAGACGACGGCCUGGUCCUUGGCCGAGUCGCGCUGGAAGCACGUGGUCAGCACGUUCUCCUCCUUCUCUCCGGUGCAGAAGCUGUAUCCGAGGCAGAACUGACGGUUGCAGUCGUUGCACGUCUUCUUGGAGGCGCGGGGCUUGGAGUCGGCAGCAGGCUUCUUGGCCGCGCUGUGUGCGUCGAGGGCUACGAUUGUGCUGUUGCCGAAACAGGUGCAUUUGCAGAAGGAUGUCGGCGCUGUGAAUUGUCAGUCGGGGGACACUUGCAGGCGGCGAGGGAUAUCGAGAGGCACGAGAGGAAGGUCAGAAGCAGAAACAGGGCGUAUCGCGGUCGCCGCAUGGCGUCGGUCAGGCCUCACUUUUCCUUCCUCUAUCCUCUGCCCCCCGACCUUGUUCGCCCACACGUUUCCUUCUCUCUGUCUGUCGCACGUGCGCCGACUCGCGACCCAAUGCCAGCAGCUCCGGCGCCUAUCUCGACCGAAGCGCAACCUGAGAGCAAGACUGUCCGCCUGCAUAUCACGCCCUUCCGCCCCGACCUGCUCAAGGUCUACCUUGCGCCCUCAGUCCUGCCCCUUGCGCGGAACAUCUCCUACCACACCGUCGCGACUUUUCCUGACAAGGGCUUUGGCUACGUAGAGCUGCCAGAGGCCGAAUCGCAAAAGAUCAAGAAGAAGCUCAACGGCACCAUCCUCAAGGGCUCAAAGGUACGCAUAGAAAUGGCGAAACCAGAGAAGCGCAAGGCGCGCGAAGAAGCAGAGGCCGCAAAAGAAGCCCAAGAGGCGGACCGACCGUCCAAGCGCGCCAAAAAGGACAAGAAGGAGAAGAAGGAGCGGAAAAAGAAAGAACAGGGCGUCAUAGAUGGCGUCGAGCUGCCUGAAGACAGGAAGGUCAAGCGCGGUUGGACGGAGCCGCAGACGAAGCCCAAAAAGGAGCGGAAAGAGAAGAAGGACAAGAAGGACAAGAGCGAUAAGGCAGCCAAGAAAGAGCGCAAGCACUCCAAGUACACCAAGGAGCCGGAGCUGCUGUUCAAGGCGAAGCUGACUCCAGUUGCGGCGACGGAGGUUGCGCUCAAAGAGAAGAAGGACAAUAAGCAGAAAAAAGAAAAGAACAAGUCAAAGUCCACAGAGGUCAUUGUCCAUGAGUUUGAGAAGAACACCAAGACGCCCAGCUUCCUGAAGCAGCCAGAGGUUAAAAUAUCCACAAAGCCCGCAGUGGAUUAUGUCAAUGGUCAGGGCUGGGUGGACGAGGAUGGCGUUGUUGUGGAGCCAGAGACUGGAAAAGCAAAGGCUAUGAGAGCUCUGGAGCUCGUAGAUGCGCCCUCGGAGGCUGCCAAAGCAUGGAUUGACGGCACGUCGAAGCCCUCGUCUUCUACACCCAAGGCUGCAAAAGAGAAGAAGAAGCAAGCCACGCCUCCGCCAUCCUCAUCCGAGUCUGAAGACGAGGAGUCGUCUGUAGUCUCGUCCUCUUCCGAAGACGAAGAUUCUUCUGAUUCCGAAUCAGAAACCGAACCAUCUGUGUCAUCCCCUACAUCAACCGUCAAAAGCACAAAGGCCUCGGAGGCUGCUCAAUCUGUGCCUGUCGAAAAAGAGGUCCAUCCACUCGAGGCGUUGUUCAAGCGCUCAAAGCCCGCCGAUGGCUCCACUACGACUCCAAUCAAGAAACUAAAUCCUAUCGACACAUCUUUCAGCUUUUUUGAUAACAACAAAAGUGAUGAUGACAUGGAGGUCGGUAGGCCGACAGAGGACGUACCCAUCACACCAUACACGCAACGAGACAUUGAAUGGCGAGGACUCCGUAGCGCCGCGCCGACGCCCGACACCGCUGCCAUUGGCCGCCGCUUUUCGUUCAACUGGCGCGGAACCAGUCAAGAAAUCGAUGACGAGGACACGAGCGACCUGGACGUAGACGCACGACAGCAAUUGACCCACAAUACGCGUGCAAAUGCCAGCAAGUUGGCUGGUGUGGCAGAAGAGGACGAAGACGCAAUUAGCGGCGCUGAAGCCGAGAAGCCAGAAAGCGAGUUUCGAAAGUGGUUCUGGGAGAAUCGAGGCGACUUGAACCGCGCAUGGAAGAAGCGGAGACGCGAUGCCCUCAAAGCAAAGAGGCAUAACGAAAAUAAAAAGAUGACUGGUGGAAGGAGGGUUGUUUAAGACUGUUUUUUUCUUUCUUCACGAAGUCUCGCUUUAUGAACUGCAUUUGCAUGUGCAUGGCGUAUGUUACUUUUUUAUGCAUUCGAGUAGGCUACGUACUGGUUCUUUUCUACCUUGCAUGAGGAUGGAGAAACGAUGAGCAACGCAUUCAACGUUAGAUAUUUGACGUUACAAUUCAAUAUAC